AUGUUUUACUAUGUGAUUAUUCUCCCUGUAGCUCUCUUUUUCGUGGCUUACAAAUUCAUAUUCUCACCCAAAAACCAACGUUUCAACCUCCCUCCUUCUCCGCCUUACGCUCUCCCCAUCCUCGGUCACCACCUCCUCAUCAAACCGCCGGUUCACCGUCUAUUCCACCGCCUCUCAAAGACCUACGGCCCAAUCUUCUCCCUCCGAGUUGGCUACCGCCGCACCGUCGUGAUCUCCUCCUCCUCACUCGCGUCAGAAUGCUUCACGGGCCAAAACGACGUCCUUGUCUCAAACCGGCCUUGUUUCCUAACCGCAAAAUACGUUGCGUACAACUACACAACCGUAGGCACCGCUCCUUACGGCGAUCACUGGCGUAACCUCCGCCGUGUCUGCUCCCUAGAAAUCCUCUCCUCGAACCGUCUCACCAACUUCCUCUAUAUACGUAAAGACGAAAUACGCCGCAUGCUCACGAGACUCUCACGUGAGGUCAACAAAGAGAUCGAGCUAGAGCCGCUCUUGUCUGACCUAACGUUCAACAACAUCGUGAGGAUGGUCACGGGCAAGAGAUAUUACGGAGACGAAGUCCAUAAUGAGGAAGAAGCGAAUCUUUUCAAGAAACUUGUCGCCGAUGUUAACGACUGUAGCGGCGCGAGGCACCCUGGAGAUUACUUACAAUUCUUGAAAGUAUUGGGAGGGAGCUUUGAGAAGAAAGUGAAAGCUGUUGGAGAAGCCAUGGAUGAGAUCUUGCAGCGGUUGCUUGAUGAGUGCAGAAGAGACAAAGACGGUAACACCAUGGUUAACCAUUUGCUCUCUCUUCAAGAACAAGAGCCAGACUAUUACACCGACGUCACUAUCAAAGGCUUGAUGCUUGGCAUGAUGAUCGCCGGAACAGAUACCUCUGCCGUAACCCUAGAAUGGGCGAUGGCGUGUUUGCUAAACCAUCCAGAGUCACUGGAAAAGGCAAAACAAGAGAUCGACGAGAAAAUUGGACAAGAACGUUUGAUCGACGAACCAGACCUAGCAAACUUGCCUUACCUUCAGAACAUACUGUCCGAAACAUUCCGGCUAUACCCUGCUGCGCCGCUCUUAGUGCCAAGAUCGACGACAGAGGAUAUCAAAGUCGGAGGGUACGACGUUCCACGUGGAACGAUGGUGAUGGUGAACGCGUGGGCUAUACACAGAGAUCCAAGUCUCUGGAACGAACCAGAGAAGUUCAAACCGGAACGGUUUAACAUCGGAGAAGGAGGAGAAGACGUUCAUAAGCUAAUGCCAUUUGGCAAUGGACGGAGAGCGUGUCCAGGCGUCGGUUUAGGGCAGAGGAUCGUGACGUUGGCGUUAGGAUCGUUGAUACAGUGCUUUGACUGGGAAAAAGUCAAUGGUGAGAUGGUCGACAUGACGGAGACUCCGGGGAUGGCGAUGCGUAAGAAAGAACCUUUAUGGGCCUUGUGUAGUUCUCGGCCCAUUAUGAAUAAAUUUCAGGCCCACUCAUAA